UUAUAAAUCAGUGGCUAUAACAGUGAGCCGGUCAUUUCUCAAUAUUUCACGUGUUUGCUGGUGACGUCACUUACGUCUGAUGUCAUCGAGGUGCGCAUGGCAUAUUGAUACGGAAGUGUUACGAUACUUUAUUGUUUGAAAGAGUAUUAUUUCACCUUCAUAUCAGACAUAUUUAUAUGUUCUAUAUUUAAAUGUAUUAUACAUGAAUAAUAGUUGGGCAUCAUGAUCUUCAGUUUCUGCUUCAGCUGUGUGUUUGCACUGCUGGUAAAUAAAGUGUGUCUGCAGGUCACAGUCGAGGGGUUUAUUGGUGGUUCUGUUGUUCUGCCGUGUUCUUCAGCUCAACAUGAUCUUAAACCUCGAGACAUUGAAGUGUAUUGGGUAUAUAGUGCCCGUACAAAUGUGUUUGAUAUAAUCAAGGGUAAAGAGUCAGAAGCAGGACAAGACCCACGAUACAAGAACAGAGCUAAAACCUUCCCUGCUGAGUAUCUGAGAGGAAACUUCUCCCUUAAACUCAUCAAUCUGACUGAAACUGAUGCAGGAAAAUACACCUGUUUCAUCCAACACUCAUCUGAAUCAAAUACUGUAGAGCUGAUCCUCAAAGAAUCAACAGUAGGAAAAGGAAACCAAACCCAAACAGGAACAAAUCCAGAUGUGAAGACAUUAUCAUCUUAUCACUGGGGUUACAUUGCAUUAACUGUAUUAUUAAUAAUAGUGUUGUUUAUUAUUGCUGGUUUCCUAUUUCAUUAUAGAAAAAGACUUCAGGCUUGCUCAUUCUCAUCUGCCAUGACUGAAGUACAAACAACAGCGACAGCUUUCUCUGACAGUAACGUUUAGUUGAAUCGAUGCAUCUUUCAUUGCUUAAUUCGGGGGUUAAAAACAGCUAGUGUAGAAGACAGUGUUUUGUUCAUUUAUUUUAUUGCCACAUGUAUGGCUUUGUUUUUAUUAUAUAACAGAAUAAGAUCUUGACAGUUUUUUUAUUUCAAAGAAGUCUGAAUCUGCCAGUAUGUUGCCUGAACAUUUCUAUACCACAGGUGCUCUUUUAGUUGUGUUUGACAGAAUAAAUGUAUUUUGUGUUCUUUCUGUAUUUUAUAUUUGUUAAAUUGUUUCUGCACAUCUUUUACCAGAUCUGAUUUAUUAAUUCAUGAAAACACAUCAGUUUUAUUUCUGUGUAUGUACAGUGUGCAGAAGAUAAAUCAGAUAAAGAUGUUGCUCAGGGUUUAGAUCUGUUACACAGCUCUGCAGACUGCUGUCAGAAAAGCACAAUGUUUGAUUCAUAUGCACUACUUAAGUUCAAUAAGUUUAGAUCUGCUUGUUACAAUGUGUCUGUUCAUGUAAAUGCAUGAGCUUCAUUGGUGUGAAAAGAUGCCUGUAGAUCUUAAAUCUACUGCAGUAUCCUCAGUUAUUUAGAGCUUAAGAAACUUGUUUCAUUUUAUGUGGGUGAUCUCAAUGUUAAAGACUCAAAUUGUGCAGAUAAAAUAAUGCAUCUCUUGUGUUCACAUGUGUCUAUUUCUAAAAUAAACCAAUUUCAGACUAUA